UUAAUAUUAAUUUAAAAACCUUAUAAAAAUACUUUUAAUCUUUACAUUAGCCUGGUUCGUAGACAUUUAAAUAUAGUAGUCAUUUUGAAAUACAAAAUAUAGGUCAAAAUAUGUAAUGUUAAUUUGUAACCAUGCAUGCCGUCAAGUUUCUAUAGGUCAUUACUUUAUAUAGCCAGAUUGGAAUAUAUGAAAGAAAUGCAACCAGACCAUUGAUGCAAUUUUGAUUUAUUUAAGAUGUCUGCCUUUCCCGCCGGAUAUUCAGAUCCGUCACAGUAUGGAUCCGCCUUUGGACCAGCCAUGCAACCAGGACCCCCAGGAAGUUAUCCUCCUCCUGGACCUGCAAGUUAUCCCCCUCCAGCUUAUCCUCCUCCAGUAAUGGGACAACCAAUGCAUGGGCAGAUGCCGAUACAAACUUUAAUGGUGAAUAACCAGACUAUAACCAUGCAAGUCGACCCAGCUCAUGCGGCAUUGGUUGCUAAUAUGGCUCAAAUGAUAGAUCCCAAUAAUCCAGCUAGAAAUGAACAUCCGGUUCGCAUGCAAUGUCCGUCAUGCCAUCAAGAAGUAACAACAGAAACAACAUACAUCGUCGGUAGUUGUACCUAUCUCUGCUGUAUUCUGUUCUUUUUAAGUGGACUUGUUUUAUGCUGCUGGUUGGCUUUCUUUAUGAACAUGGCAAAGGAUGUGGUUCACACUUGUCCGAGUUGUAAAGCUGAGUGUGGUAGAUUUGUCCGACAACAACAAAAUAAUAGAGUCCACGCUUCUGGUGGUCGCCGAAGAGGGAGGAUAGGACGUAGGCGUUGAUCAUCUCCAUGUGUAUUAUGGUCAUCAUCUUCAUCAUCGGCGAAGACUAAGACGAUACACAUUGUCAUAUAUUCUGCAAUGAUUACAAAUGAUGUUCUUAGAACUACCAUAGAGCUGUUUAUUAAUCAGUGAUUAUUUCAUACACAUAAAAAGAAGUUCGCAAUAGAGAUAAUUUCAUGUGUAAGUAUAUACUGACGGAGUAUCUAUUGAAACUGUAAUUGAAGUCGUAUAUUAUUUACUGUACCAUAUGAUCAUGUUUUCCGGCUUAAAUGGCUGCAUUUCGAAAAUGUGUAAACUUUCGUGUUCCUGGCUGAAAUUUGAUACAGCUAAUAGGACAUGGUUGAAAUUUGAUAAAGCUAAUAGGACCUGGUUGAAAUUUGAUACGUCUUAUAGUCAAACGCUCUGCAAGAAGUCCGGUUUACUGAAUGUCGAUCGUAAUUCUUGACCACUUUUUAAAACAUACUCCACGUCGAUAACCACUUUAUUCAAAUACUCCUUCGUGGGAAUUUGUCUUAUAG